UUUUUUUUGGUCUCUGGUCUCUUCAACGAUCCUAAUUGUAACACAUUCCCCGAAGAGACCCAUUGCGUAUGCCCUUUCUUGCCUCGUGGACCACUUUUUAAAGCAGAGAGCAGAAUUAUAAAAUGAACCAAAUAUCCCCCCCCCAAUCGGUUGGGCGUCAAUUCGGAUCAUCAGGCUCAUCAUUUCCCAAGGUUUGCCUUGUUUAAUAAGUCAGUGAGUACGGAUAUUACCUGAAAGUAAAUUUGGUUGGGCAUCAACAAAGCAAGGCGCUUGCUUGGGUCAUCCCCCCGCCCCCCUUACUCCGUCCCGUGUAUCCCCUGAAACAAAGUCAAGGCAAACAAGGCUAUACCUUUGCCUCACUUUUUCCUUUUGGAAAAGAAGGUUAUUUUUUUCUCCUCCGAUACGGACCACUUGUCCAGUGUCGAUCGAUACGAUCACAAUCACAACCUCCGAGGUCAAACCUCUUUUUCUUUUGUGGUUUUCUGAAAAAGACCCCCUUCACCCAGAAGAGUAACCCAGAGAAUCGACACCACCUACAUACAAGGAGAAGACGACCUGAAACGUCAACAGCAAUGUCAACCACACCGACCAUUCACGUCCUGGGCGUGUUUACCGAGUCCUCACCGUUUUCGAGUCUCCAAGACAAAUCCAAUGCGACUCGUGCCGAACAAAGACUACACGGCCGGAUUGUCUUGAAGAAACAGACCAGAGACUCCACCUCGUUCGACCACGUCGACGUCCAGGUCCACGGUGCGAUCCGAAACACGAUCGGAUCCAAAGUGGUAGUGGAGAGAUUCUCGUCAUCGACCGAAACGUUGAGUGCCCUCGAUCUCAAACCUGCGUACUCUGCGACCGGACAAGACACGCAGGCACAGGAACGAGAACAGGAACAGCACCUCGACUUUUCGUGUUUGGUACCGACGAUGCCCAUCAACGGGCGAAAGACCGUACACGAAAAAGGACGCGGCGAGGAGGGUGAGAGCGUCGCCUCGACGACCACCGACGACAAAACCAACGACGGCUUCAUCCCUUCCAUGUCCAUUUCCGGAUCGACUUACGUCACUCGAGUCACUGCCAUAAGGGACAGACACCUGGUCCAAGGACGUUGUGAGGUUUUGUAUUGGUUGGAAGCAGUGUUUUUGAAGUCGACUUCGACCAACUCGAGGAACAACCACACAACCCAUGUGGUCCGCCGUCUGACUUGUCCGGUGGACAUUUCAUCACCUUGUACACCGUUGGAGGUCUGCGCUGGUGACGACUCCGGCACCAGUACGGCUACGACUAUCACCAAACAGAUCGCAAAACCUCAGACAUGGGCGACCACGUUCCGUUGUCUCUCCUCUCCCCAUCAUCAUCAUCAUCGUCGUCGUCAUCAUCCACAACCAGCAGAGAUUUCAAUCAGUCUACCUCGGAAAUUGGGUUGUAUCGUCUGUGACUCUUCCAGACUUGCCACGGGUUGUCGGAGAUUGACCAUACCUAUAUCUGUCAAUGUCAAAAAACCCUUGUCUCAACCACACCCACAAACACGAAACGUGGCUGCCGAUAAUGUUGCACCUACAGAAUCAUUACAAUGUUCCAUCAAUUCAAAAUGGUACACGAGACGUUCUUUCAACACCGGAUCUUCGGCGGUAGGGUCUUUGGUCACUUCCACCACCGUGUCGACCCACAAGACAACUUUGGUAACACCCCCCUUGUACUGCGACAAUCCCUCUCUUCCUUUUCCUGAACACAACAACAACUCGACCUACCCGACAACAACGACGACAACAACGACGACAACAACCAUGGACUUGAACCUACUCUUGCCAGAAUCUUCAACAACCACCCCUUCGGUGUCGUCCGACUUGUUGAACAUCAGCUACAACCUCGUAAUCGAAAUGCAAUUCACCCUCGUCGACCGAGACGGAGUCAAGACUUGCUACAAUACAGACUUGCAUCUUCCAGUCCAGCUCCGCACGGUUCACCCGCCGCAAGACGUUCUUCGGACGCAAUACAGUGGCAGCUUCGAUCCAUUGCUGGGAUAUGUCGAAGAGGAUCAUGUCCGAUACGCUCCACCUCCAUACAUCUGUUGAUUGCCGGUUUUGUAGUCAUGGUGGGAUUGGUUUUGUGGG